GUCGCCUUCCGGUAUGGACACCUGUAAUGUGGGAAGUUAUUCCUGUAGUGACAGAAGACCACACAGUGUGUAUGAGCAGAUGAGCAGAUGAUGUGUGUGCGGCAGCAGAGCCUGAUGCAGCAGGUCCUCCUCGCUCUCAGGGAGGAGGGCGAUGGAGACGCUCUGAGCUGCAGCACUGACUGUGAAGAGAAGGCUGACUCGCUUACGUACAAAAGCCAGGAAGUCAACACAUCAAAUGAACGCCGAAGACAAAAAGGUAACAAAGAGCCCCAGAAGCAGAAGACCAAUCAGAAUGCAAACCGCCACGUCCUGAAGCUGCCCCCGAUCAAGACCCCCCAGGUUUUGCAACCGAGGAUCCAGUCUGCCAGCUCCACCUGCAUCAGGGACCUGAAGAGCCGCGUGGUGGAUCUGCAGCAGCAGCUGAGCGCAGCCCGGACGGAGACCCGGCUGCUGAAGAACCUCCAGCACCGCCACACGGUGGCGCUGCAGCACUUCCAGGAGUCUGAGAGCAGCGUCUCACAGAUCCUCGCCAAGCACAGCAACGAGGCCCGGGUCCUGCAGCAGCUGCUCAGUGAGACCCGCGCCUGCCGGGACAGUCUGGCCCGGCAGCUCCAGAGCACAGAGAUCAAUCUGCACAGCACCAAGGCCAGUCUGCAGCACCUGCAGCUGCUCAGCCAGGACCACAGCCUGCUGCCCAGAGAGGAGCUCUCCCUCAGGCUGGACAGGGCCUCUGCUCAGCUGGAGAGCAAGGACCGGAGGAUACAGGACUUGGAGAAGAAUCUUGAGUUGAGCCAGGCCUCAUUUAACCGCCAAAUAUUCGCCGAACAAAGAAAGAUCAACGAGGCGAAGAAGAUUACCGGCUACCUGCAAGAGCAAAUAUAUCACCUGAACAAAGAGAUCCAGGAUAGAGAGAGAGAACUGGAAACACACAAUAUUUACUCCCAAAGAUUCCUGAAAGGAUCUCCCAAAAAAGGCAGCAAAAGUAAGAUGGUUCAGACGGAUCCAUUAGUCUGUCUCUCCUCUGAAGCUGGGACUCUUUUGGAGUUAAAAUAUACAGAGAAGCAGGGUCCUUACAAUCCAGUAGAAGAGUCUUUGGCUGUAGACAAUCCAGAGACAGGUCUUUCUGCAGAUCUCACGUUAGAAGAGAAUCACCCAGAGGAAACUGAGACCUGUGCACAAAAUCAAAAGUCAAAGUGUUCUGCAAAUCUCACAUUAGAGGAGAAUCAACCAGAAGAAUGUGCAGAUGAGCAGAGUAGUGCAGAUGAGGGCACAGCAUAUCUAUCGGAGGGAGACUAUGCUGAAGAAGAGGAGGCACCCGAGGCAUCAGCAGAGGAGCGGAAAACAGAGGAGACAUCCUACAUUCUGGGAAAAUCUCUGAAUGCUAAUGGAGCUGACAGACAAGGAUACACGCUCCCCAAAAUCAGAAGCAGCUACACUUUUAAACAAACUAUUGAGAACAUGCACAUUGGAAAACCGGCCUACAGCAUCUUCAGUGCCUAUCAGAGCCCGAUGAAGAUGGAGACCCUCAGCGGCGAGGGGGGUCCUGAACUCUGUCUACCUGCUGGGAAAUCCAGGAAGGGUGUAGCAGGCAGCCCUCAGGGCAAGUAGAGGGCAGUUUGAAACACAAAGAUCAGGCUCAUCAGGAGCACUUCAGUCCAGGCUAAGCCACUGAUUCUGGGAUUCAAAAAUGUAAGAACCACUUAAACUGUACAGCUGAGAGUUUCCUCUAUUGUGACAGCAGAUUUUC